UUCGUUACUUGGGCGUUUAUCUAAAACCGAAACAGGGAUACGACAUCCGACCUAAGGCAUCUGAUUCCGUCGCCACCGACACUGAAUUAAUAAAUACCCACUACUUGCUGGGCAUACGCGAAAUAACGUGUCCACGUUUGACAGUUUUUUGGGGGGAGGGGUGUCUCUGAAUAUCUCGUAACCGCCACAGCAUCAGUGUAAGGUGCUGAACACAAAAGAAGAGGGAAAAUGUAAUGAGGAGUGAACGCACACCCGCGCGUUUUUCCACAUUACCGAUCAAUGGGACAUACCAGAGCGCACGCCACAGGCACGCAUCGCUCAGAGGAGCUCGAGACCAGCACGCGCUGUCACCCAGAGUGACUUUGAAGAGAGCUCGCGACGUGGAGACCUUCAAAGAGCGGGACCAUCAUGAAAAAGUUGAACAUAUGAUUCAUCAGUCAGAAGAAGAAGAACCGGGCGGGACGUCUGUGUUUAUAUGGCACGUUUAUGGGGAAACAAAACCGGACAGCGAGCUUCCAAAAGCUGCUUGAAAAUAUAAGAAACGUGGGGAAGAUGAUGAUGGAAACAGCUCCGUGAGAAAAACACCGUUCUUCGGUGCAUGGUGAAGUUUGUUCGACAUGCCCGAGAAUGUCACCAUCAUCAGGAACGGGACGGAUAUCGGGGACGGGCACGCGUGGGGAACCGGAGCGGGCGCGCGGCCGCUGUGGGUCGUCACGGUGCUGGCCAGCGUGCUGAUCUUCACGAGCGUGGUGGAUGUGCUCGGAAACGUGCUGGUCAUCAUCUCGGUGCUCAGAAAUAGGAAACUGAGAAACGCCGGUAAUGCGUUUGUCGUGAGCCUGGCUUUCGCCGACCUGCUGGUGGUUUGCUAUCCAUACCCAUUGGUUUUGCAUGCCAUGCUGGAUGCUGGCUGGUUGCCGGGGGAAAUGGAGUGCAAGGUGAGCGGAUUCCUGAUGGGAGCGAGCGUCAUCGGUUCCAUCUUUAACAUCACCGCGAUCGCCAUCAACCGCUACUGCUUCAUCUGUCAAACCAACACCUACGAGAGAGUCUACGGCCGGGCGGGAACCCUGGCACUGCUGAUACUGGUCUGGGUCUUCACCGCCAUUGCGAUCCUCCCAAACCUGGCCCUGGGCUCACUGACGUAUGACCCGCGGGUUUAUUCGUGCACCUUUAGUCAGACGACGAGUGCGAGUUACACUAUCGUCGUGGUGACCGUGCAUUUUCUGCUUCCUAUCGCCGUGGUUACCUUCUGCUAUCUGAGGAUUUGGGUGCUGGUGCUGCGCGUGAGGAGGCGCGUCACCAGCGACGUCAGGCCGCGGCUGCGUCCGAGCGAGCUGCGACACUUCCUUACCAUGUUCGUCGUGUUCGUGCUGUUUGCCGUCUGCUGGGCGCCGUUGAAUUUGAUCGGCCUGGCUGUAGCGGUGGACCCGCCCCGUGUUGCACCCUUGGUCCCCGAUUGGCUGUUUGUGGUGAGUUAUUUCAUGGCGUAUUUUAACUCCUGUCUGAACGCUGUGGUAUACGGACUGCUCAAUCAGAACUUCCGCAGGGAAUACCGCAGAAUACUUCUGUCAGUUUGUAGCCCACGCCUCUUCCUGCAGGAGACAUCAAGGGGCGGGACCGAGCGCAGCAACAGACAUUCACCUGGCGGCGGCAACAACAACAAUGACCAGCCUAAGGCUAACACAAUUUAACUUCACAAUGUGUUUAAUUGUUAAAAAAUAUGCGAGAAUGUUGCAAAUGAUUUUAAACGGAGUCCACUAAUGUUCAAAAAAUGUUUUUACUACUCACUUUACAUAUUACUGUGUGCAAAAAAUACCUCAUUUGUUGGAAAUCCAUAAAAUACAGUUAUGUAAGUGUUUUUUACCCAGACGUCACAGGCGCGCAUUAAACCUUGGGAUAGCAGAGACUGUGAAGGAUCCAUCUGAUGGACAAAUGAAGGAUGCAUUUGGAGGCCACAUCUGGCUCCGAAUUAGGACAACCUUCGUCUCGGCACAUUGAAUUCAUUGGUCUUCGAAUAUGGGUGCAGCCUUCAAUUUGGGAUGCACCCAAUGAUUCAGAGCAAUGCAAUAAAACAUGACUAGAAGAUAAGUGCUUGAGAAAGAUAUAAUUUUUAACCCACACAGUGCAGAAGAUUAGCAUUAUUCCUCUCCAAGCAUCUACCCCUGUAAGACCUGCUCUUCCCUUACCGUCAGAGAUAGUUUUCUCAAACCAUCCAUAAAUACACACCUCGAGAGAAAUUGCAAGUCCUUCCCUAAAGCUAAAACUAUGCUCACAGUUUUUUUUUUUUUUGACCAUUUAGCACUGUAAACUAUUUCCCAGAGCUCCAAUUUCAUUAGCACUUUUGGCAUUGUAAGUACACUACAUCCUCCCCUUGUCCUAUGCAACCAAUUCAUUAAACUCAACAGAGAAAUACCAGGGCUCCCUUAGGUUUGCAGCAAAGGUUCCUGUGAGACUCCCCUAUUGCUAUGCAAACUCAAUAUGAGCACUCCCACAGCUGCACUUAAGCAAACACUGUGGCAUUCUUAGUAUAACAUUCCCACAAUAUUCCUCGGAGAGGUCUGCAGGUGCAGUCCGGUGGGAAUGUGCCAAAUGAAUACAAGCAUACACAUUAUUGUCUGGGAGUUUAAAAAACACCAUACGCUCUGAAUGUGCACCAGCAGAACACAUCUGUGAAUGUGUUGCGACAUACAAUUUACUUAUAUGAUGAAAUUGCAGUAAUUUUAGCCUAAACGAGUGAAGUGAUGGAUGCAUAGGUUUAGCAUUUGAGCCAUAAAAGAGUUACAAUUACUAUCACAGAUUAAUUAUGUGACACAUUUUUAGUGUCAAGUUUUAUAUUUUAAUGUGAAAAUAGACUACAUCCUCUCUAAAAAAAAAAAUGCUGGGUUAUUUUCAACCUUGUGUUGGGUCAAAAAGGGACAAACCCAACCUGCUGGGAUGUAAUAUGUGACCCUGGACCACAAAUCUAGUCUUAACUAGCACAGAUAUAUUUGUAGCAAUAGGCAAAAAUACAUUGCAUGGGUCAUCGCUUUUUCUUUUAUGCCAAAAAUCAUCAGGAUGUUAAGUACAGAUCAUGUUCCAUAGAGAUAUUUUGUUAAUUUCCAACUGUAAAUAUAUCAAAACUUUUAUUUUUGAGAGUGGACUUUAUUUGAACAAUUUUAAAGGGGAUUUGUUUUCGAUACUUGGCACCCUCAAAUUCCAGAAUUUAUAAUUGUGGCAAAAUAUUGUACUAUCCUAACAAACCAUACUGUAUGCUUCUUUAUUAAACUUUCAGAUGAUGUAUAAUAGUGAUGCGCGGGUCGUAUCAUAACCCAUGGGCCCCAUGGGUAAUUUGCUUGUCGGGUUGGGGCGGGUAAAAAAUUGUCACUUAAUUUGUGGGGCAGGUCAUUAAAAACAAAAUAAAAAAAAACAUGUAUGUUCCGUGCAAUUCCCUAUAGUCUAUAUAAAAUAUUUGGGAAUAUAUAUUUUCAUUUUUUAUUACGUAGGUCUAUGGCAAUGUAAUUUGCGUGAUAUCCCCAAACAUUUGGCCUCACAUGCCAAAGCGCCAAGCAGCUCCUGCUGCCAGCCACAACAAUAAAAUAAACAGAGAAAUGACAAGAUGCUGGAGAAAUUAAGGUUGGGUAUUUAAAUCAUUAAAAUAAAGGAAGGUCAAGCUGCUAAAUCUCAUGCAGAGGCAUUUAUAUGAAUACAAACGCUGCUUUGUAAAUGUAAACAUUUUUAUCAUUAUCCUAUAUUGUUAUUUAGUGCUGCAACUGAUCGCAGUUGAUCCAUAAAAUCUUUCUGUUCUUGACAGGGCACAUACAAACAAAAUGAUCUCCACAGUAUGCUUUUUCAAUUUAAAACAUUUGUUUAUGUCUGCAGUGUAUGUAUAGAUUAGAACCAGUCUGUGCUGGUCUUAAAGAGACAGUAACCUCAAUUAACCUACUUAAGUCUGUGUCAUUAAUGUUAAUCAAACAACCCAAGACAGAGAAAAUCAUUUCUGAAGCUCUAAAAAUAAUAAUUAUAUUUAAUUUAUACAAUAAAGACUUUAAAUCUAUUAUUAAAUGGAUCGAUUUCUGUACCUAAUGAUAAUUUUAGACCUUACUAGUGAUUUUAAAGAAAAUCACAUCUGAAGCUUUAAAAAAUUAUAAUUAUAUUUAAUUCAUACAAUAAAGACUUUAAAGUUAUUAUUUAAUUAAUUCGAUUUGAACUGACCAAACUUUGAUCGUUUUUAUAAAUGUUUGUAAUUUCUUGAAUUGUUAUUAGAUUUUUCCCAUCCUUUUUUGCUGAUCCGAAAAAUGAUCCAAUCCGUGCCUCAAAGACCGUAAUGUGAUCCGAAACCGUGAGUUUUGUGAUCCGUUGCACCCCUAUUUAUUCAUAUGACAUAAGGAUUCUAUGGUUUACAGGCGUAUGUUUUUGCCCGUUUACAGGGCGAUGAUAUAUAAUGACUGUUUCCACGCACCUUUAGGCUGAAAUAAAGCCUGUUUUCAUUUACAUUGCAAUGCCUAGUAUGUCUAUUUAAUGGGCACAGGUGCGGUUAUAAAAAUAGAUACAGUAGUGUAGGGUGGCCUGGGGCGUGCCCAAUAAUUUCAUAAAAGCUGGACCCGCAGGUUGGAAAAAAACCUGAGCAUCACUAAUGUAUAAAUCUCAAUUUUGUGGUCCAGGGUCACAUUUAACCCAAAUUUAAACAUUUACUGUGUUAAUAAAAAAUAAAAAAACAUUUUUAGUGAGACGAGUGCACUCUUUAGUUUUUGGGUCAAUCAUAUCACUAAUACAAACUUAUUAAACAUAUUGUAGCUUCUAAAAAUACUGGGUUAUUUUUAACCCAACCCCAUUGUUGGGUCAAAUAUAAAAAUUGUAUUGAUUAAUUUAAACCAACAGAUGGGUUUGUCCCUUUUUGAUCCAAAGUUGGGUGGAAAAUAACCCAACAAUGUGGUCAGUUCAUUCUGAUGUUUAAUUUAUAGAUAGAUUUUUUUGUGUGCUUUUCAAGUGCAUAAACAAAAUAAUCAUUGCUUUUGUUCUUCCAACUAAAAUGUGAAUGAUGCGAGCACUGAAUGUUAACAUACUGUAUGUUAGAUUAGCAUCAAUGCCUUACUUAUUUGAAUUUAUUUCUGACGUUUUUUACACUUUCUGCUUUUGUCUGUGCAGGUUAUUUCUUUUCAUAAUUAAUCUCCACAACCUGUUCUCACCUCAGAAAAACUUUCUUGUUUACUGUUAUUGUUAUUCUUAGUCUGAAAAGUUAUUUAUGUUUUUACUCAUUACAUAUGUAUUUAAUCUUUAUUGGACUUAACUGUGUGCGUGCGUGCGUGUGUGCGUGUGUGCGUGUAUGUGUGUGUGCGCUGAACUGUGAGCUUAAUAAGCCUCAAAUUUGACAAAUCUACAGUCUGCCAAAAAAUACAAGGUUUACUUUGAUAUACUAAAUGCAUCUUUCACUUUCUGGUCAAAUUUUCUGGUCUUAAAACUAUGAAUAACAGUAGCAUAGAGAGAUUUUGGCAAUAUGGUGUAAAAUCUAAAAUGGGUUUGUGGCACCUUACAGAAAAAGCUUCAUUAUGGAUUGUAUUAAUAAUGUUUUAUCAGGGGCAUUUACUGAAGGCUUUUAUUGAAAUUGUUAGUAUAAUCAUUUCGCAUUUUAAGACUAAUCGUUUCAUUUUAUUUUCUAAUGUGCUGAACUACUGUGAAUUGGGUAGUUUGUUUAUUGUAGCUCUUGGCAAGAAAAACAUUGCUAAAAGAUUUUAUUAUUUUUCAUGGCUAAAUUGCUUUCCAGUAAAUUGGACGAAAGUAAAAAAAAAAAACAAA